UAUCUUUUUUUUUUUUACUCCACGACGAGGUCCACGAAGGCCGCUAGCCUUCGUCGAGCCGUCUCCGACUGUGAGAGCGCGCGCACGAGCCAUGGCCACAAGCGCGGCCACCGCCGCCACGCUCCUGCCGAGGCCCAGCACCGGCGGGCACCGCCUCGCCUCCUCUUCUUACCCCUCCUCGUGGGCUGCUCACGGGAGGAGCCGCCUCCUCCCAAUCAGAUGCCAGUCGCCUGGCGUCGACAAAACCAAGACGAAGAGGAACUUGUUUGACAAUGCCAGCAACCUUCUCACCAAUUUGCUUGCUGGCGGCAACCUCAAGAAUAUGCCGGUUGCCGAAGGCGCUGUCACUGAUCUGUUCGACCGGCCCCUAUUCUAUUCACUCUAUGAUUGGUUCCUCGAGCACGGUUCUGUCUACAAACUUGCUUUUGGACCCAAAUCAUUUGUUGUUGUGUCUGAUCCAAUUGUUGCUAGAUACAUCCUCCGGGAAAAUGCUUUCGCAUAUGAUAAGGGAGUUCUGGCUGAAAUUCUUGAACCAAUAAUGGGAAAGGGUCUUAUACCUGCUGACCUUGAUACCUGGAAGCAAAGGAGAAAAGUUAUAACUCCCGGGUUCCAUGCCUUAUUCAUAGAAGCUAUGGUGAGAGUAUUUACCAAAUGUUCAGAGAGAACAGUAUUGAAACUUGAAGAACGUAUUGAAAAGGGAGACCAUAGUGACAAAUCUACAAUAGUGAACCUGGAAGAAGAAUUCUCCAAUUUGGCUCUUGAUAUAAUUGGCUUGGGAGUGUUCAAUUUUGAUUUCGACUCGGUUAAUAAGGAAUCUCCUGUAAUCAAGGCUGUAUAUGGAACUCUUUUUGAAGCUGAGCAUCGAUCCACCUUUUAUAUCCCGUACUGGAAUCUUCCUUUAACUCAAUGGAUAGUGCCAAGACAGCGGAAGUUCCGCAGUGACCUCAAGGUUAUCAAUGAUUGUCUUGACAAUCUUAUUAAAAAUGCAAAAGAAACGAGACAGGAAGCUGAUGUGGAAAAACUCCAGCAAAGAGACUACUCGUCGCUGAAGGAUGCCAGCUUGCUGAGGUUCCUUGUUGACAUGAGGGGAGCUGAUGUUGAUGAUCGCCAGCUUCGAGAUGAUCUUAUGACAAUGCUUAUCGCUGGACAUGAAACAACUGCAGCUGUUUUAACAUGGUCUAUUUUUCUACUGGCCCAGAACCCCACCAAGAUGAGAAAAGCCCAGGCAGAGAUUGAUGCUGUACUCGACGAUGGGGCUAUUACAGCUGACAAGCUCAAGAAAUUGGAGUACAUAAGAUUGAUCAUUGUUUUUUUUUCAAAAAGGUACAUAAGAUUGAUCAUUGUUGAAUCUCUUCGCUUGUAUCCUCAACCACCUUUGCUAAUCAGACGUUCUCUCCGUCCAGAUAAAUUGCCAGGUGGGUACAAUGGAGCAAAUGAGGGAUACGAAAUACCAGCUGGAACCGAUAUAUUUCUUUCGAUAUACAAUCUCCAUAGAUCUCCAUACUUUUGGAAUAAACCAAAUGAGUUUGAACCAGAGAGGUUUACAGUUCCAAAGAUGGAUGAGAACAUAGAAGGUUGGGCUGGGUUUGAUCCUGCCCGUAGUCCUGGCGCGAUGUAUCCCAACGAGAUUAUAGCGGACUUUGCUUUCCUCCCCUUCGGUGGAGGACCCCGCAAGUGCGUGGGAGACCAAUUCGCGCUCCUCGAAUCGACAGUGGCCUUAGCCAUGCUAUUGCAAAAGUUUGACGUGGAGCUGCGAGGAUCGCCCGACGAAGUCGAGAUGGUGACGGGUGCGACGAUCCACACAAAGAACGGGUUGUGGUGCAGGCUUAAGAAAAGGACUUGAUUGGUCAGGCAUAACUUUGCACCAAAAGCUUUUGCUUAUUGUUGACUUCUCACAUCAUUUGCAUGCUUUAGCUGGGUAAAGCAGGUUCAUGUACAUGGUAACACCUCUUGGGAGCUCUAGGGGCAUCAAUUCUAUGCACCACCAUCAUCUGAAACAUAUGGCUGCAAAUGCUGGGUGCUGCAUGCAUGCAUCUAAACUGAACCACAGCACUCCAUGCCAAACUGACCAGAGUAUUGUGUGACGGAGAAGGUUGCUGUAUGUCUCGCCUAGGUGUCCCGUUUCUUGUGAACUCAGAUAACCUGAUAUGUUCUGUGGCGACGUGCCAUUGGAUACUUCUUCGCAUGGAGGCAAAGGUAGGUUUCAGUCAUGCUGUUGUGCCGUGUUGCGGUGGGCUGCAUGCUGUGCAGGAAACAAGAAGCCCACAGAAUUGAAUUGAAAAACUGAUGCCGAUAGCGAUGGCAGCGGCAAGUAAGCUACUCAUACUUCUUUUCAUCCGUGGAUGCCAUGAUGUUCUAUAUGCCACAUUUUGUUUUGUUAUGAACACAUUAUUCCAUAUAUAUGUGUGGUUCUUGUGACAGAUGAAAAAUCCUUGUGGUUGGGGGUGGA